GCCACAUGGAAUAUAAUACACAAAGACUGAUGGUGAUGAUGGAGUUAAAUUUUACAAUGUUACAUAGCAUGUGAUUAAUUACAAAAUUUUAUAUAUUUUAUUUUUUUAAAUUAAAAAUUUGAAUCGUUUUACAUGUUGUUUUUUUUUUUUAAAUUUUAAUAUUGUUUUAUUCGCGUGGUGAAUUAAAAUAUUAUUGUUGGUAAUUAAAUUUUCGUCAGUUCGUUGUUAUAUUAAAUAAGUCGUCAUUGCCGUUGAAAAAUAAAAACUCAAAACACUCAAAACCUUCAUUACACCCCAGACCCUCCCAAGCACACACGAAGACAAACAAAUAGAACAAAAAUAUAUACAAAUAUGGCUGCAUGUUGGAAAGCGUUAACCCGUCGAAAAAUGCCCGACGAGACCGAAUCGAAGUUAUCCCGUGUCCUUACACUUUUUGAUUUGACAGCAUUGGGAGUUGGCAGUACUCUCGGUCUGGGGGUAUAUGUUCUGGCCGGGUCGGUAGCAUACGAACAGGCUGGUCCUGCUGUGACUUUAUCGUUUCUUUUUGCUGCCAUAGCAUCGGCUUUUGCCGGUUUAUGCUAUGCUGAGUUCGCAGGACGAGUCCCGAGGGCAGGAAGUGCCUAUGUGUACAGCUAUGUAACGGUUGGUGAAUUUGUCGCCUUCACUAUUGGUUGGAAUUUAAUUCUGGAGUACGUCAUCGGAACGGCCAGUGUUGCGAGAGGUCUGAGUGGAUAUCUGGACGCGCUGAUUAACAAUACCAUGUCGACAACUCUGAAAGAGGCAUUGCCAAUUAAUGUCAGCUUCCUGGGUGAAUAUCCGGAUUUCUUCUCCUUUGCCAUGGUUAUCCUAUUGGCUUGCCUUUUGGCCUUCGGUGUAAAGGAGUCAAGUGUGCUGAAUAAUAUUUUCACGUGUGUAAAUUUGGCUACAGUGUGCAUAGUCCUUGUGGCUGGGGCAAUUAAAGCUGAUCCGGGUAAUUGGGCUUUGACUGAUGUCCCAGAGGGUGCUGGUGUCGGUGGAUUUAUGCCAUAUGGAUGGGCUGGGGUUAUGGCUGGAGCGGCGAAGUGUUUCUAUGGUUUCGUUGGAUUCGAUUGUGUGGCAACUACUGGCGAAGAGGCUAUAAAUCCAAAGAAAAAUAUUCCAUUGUCAAUUGUUUUCUCACUUAUUAUUAUAUUUUUGUCAUAUUUUGGAGUUUCAACUGUUUUGACAAUGAUGUGGCCAUACUAUCUACAGAAUCCCGACGCACCUUUCCCCCAUGUCUUCCAAGAAGUUGGUUGGAUAACAAUUAAGUGGAUUGUAACAAUUGGAGCUGUUUUCGCUCUGUGCACCAGUUUGUUGGGUGCAAUGUUCCCACUCCCUCGAGUGUUGUAUGCCAUGGGAAAGGAUGGAAUUAUAUUCAAAUUCUUCUCCAAAGUAAACAGCUACACCAAGACUCCACUUCUUGCUACUAUAUUCUCAGGAUUGUUUGCAGCUCUCAUGGCUCUGAUCUUUGAUUUGCAUCAGCUCAUCGACAUGAUGUCAAUUGGAACGCUCCUGGCUUACACUAUUGUCGCCAUCUGUGUCCUGGUCCUUCGCUACCAACAGGAUGAUAUUGUAAUGAAGAACGUCAGUGUCAAGUUGCCUGGUAUCGUUAGACAACUGUUUAACCUGAACUUCAUCAAGGAACCUAAUUCGCUCUCAUCGAACAUCACCAAAAUCGGGGUCGUCCUCUUCAGCAUUAUCUCCAUUAUCACCUGUGUGGUCAUGAAAGUUGUCGAAAUCAGUUUUGACAAUCCCACAGGAAUCAUUGCCAUAUGUGUCCUUGUUGCCGCUCUUUUGCUCAUCUUGUUCUCCAUCCAACGGCAACCCGUUUCAGGUGCUGAGCUGAACUUCAAGGUCCCUUUGGUUCCAUUCAUUCCAUGCGUCAGUGUCUUCUUUAAUCUCUAUUUGAUGUUCCAACUGGACGUGGAUACUUGGAUAAGAUUCCUCGUGUGGCUAGCAGUUGGCUACUUAAUCUACUUCUUCUACGGAAUUCGCAAGUCAACUCAAGGCAUCGAUAACAAACAAGCCCAACUCGAUAUAGCCCAUCAAUUACCCGAAAACGGUUUCAAUUUCAAUCACAAUAAUUACGGUGUCGGUGUUGGAAAAGCCCACAGUGAUGUCGUGAGCGAUAAGCCACCAAAUGGCAAGCGCUACAGUGUUACCAACAAUCAAAACUAGUUUUCUAUAAUCUUAUACAUAACCAGGCGUUGUUUAUAGUUAGUAGUUUUAUUGUAUCAAAAUCAAAUCAUUUUUGUUAAAAACACACAUUUUAUUUCUCUAAGAGAGUAUAGAUUUCAAUUUAUAUAUACACAAUUUUUUAAAAUUUUUUUUAAGAGAGUAUAGAUUUCGGAUAAUAUGAAUUUAUAGGUACAACCAAGAGCCAAUGCAUUCCGUCCUCUCGAAUGACCUAUAAAUCAUUUUUAUUCGACAAUUUUACAAACAAAAAUACAAUUUUACCUUAAAUUCUAUUUAAUAAUUAUGAUAAUUAAAACAAAAUUUGUUAAACAAACGAAAAAAAAAAAAACAAAACAAAACAAAACAAUAUUGUGUUGUGAUAUUAUAUAAAAACAAAACAAAAAUACAAAAAUCUUUUAAACUUUUUAUUUUUGUAUAAAUGUUGUUAAAUAAAAAGUAUAAUUAUAACAAAUAAUUAUGUAUACAUCGUAGGACCCGGUUAAUUGAUUUUAAUAAAAUUAAUUUAAUAAAAUUACUUUUUUUUCAUGUAAACUUUAGCAAAAGCUCCACCUUAUAUUCUAGGUGAGCUACAAAUGUACUUAAAAUUCUAUAUCUAAAUUUUUAACCGGGUAUUUUUUUAUUGUAUAUAAUGAUUUUUUAAUUUGUCUUAUUUUUAAGUGUUUAUUUUUUUUCUUAUUUUUACUAAGCCUAAAACGAUUUUAUUUUUGUGAAUU